AGGGUGGAAAAAGAAGUGGGGGUUUUUCAGCCUUUGGGACUGUUAUUUUUAGCUAUAGCAAUACUUGUUUGAGCUGCUUCGUAUGAAGGAGUCCUUCAAGGUCUUGUAGGGGUUGUAGAGAUGAAUUACAGCGGACCCAAAAUAUCGAAACAUUCAACUGCGUGGUCCUUCUGGCAGCUACUUGAAUUUCGUGAUGUAGUUUUGGACUGCUUCGUCCCCUUGUUUGUAGUUUGUAAUAUGUACCUCGAAUUUAAUGGCAGGUGUCUACCUUCAUAAAAAUAAACUGUUCUCUGGUGCCUGCCUGGAACUCACUGGAUUCUGGGAUUCUUUAUGCUUGUGCUCCGAGAAGUAAAUACAAGACUUCUGUGCGUUAGACUUGAAAAUAACAAUCUCCGUCGGUCCCUGCCAGAAUAAUCAUUACCAUUUAGUGCAAAAUGUGCCUGCAUUUUGCAGAAGUCUUAGAAAUACCUUGCCAAAACAUCACAUCAGAGCUCCGCAAAAAACUAUUCUGUUGUUUGUUCUAUAAAUGCUCUGCCAUAUCUAGCCAUCCCAUGAGCUCGUCCAAGAAGCUUUUUAUAUAAUCGAUUGAAGUCAAGAUAUAUCCAGUGAGCACUAACAGCCAAGAUUGGGAGACUUUCCACCAACCUUCACAGGCAGCCUUCUUUCAGACCUGAUCUGAAUGUUCUGUUAGGUUGUAUCUCUAGCCCCACCUAUGUGGACCGCAGAUGAAAUUGCUCAGCUGUGCUAUGCACACUAUGUCAGACUGCCUAAGCAAGGGAAGCCUGAGCCAAAUCGUGAGUGGACCUUGUUGGCAGCUGUGGUGAAGGUACAGUCUCCAGCUAACCAAGCUUGUGACACCCCUGAUAAGGAAGUGCAAGUGACAAAGGAAGUUGUCUCAAUGGGAACAGGAACAAAAUGCAUAGGCCAGUCCAAGAUGAGAGAGAGCGGGGACAUCCUCAAUGACAGCCAUGCUGAGAUCAUAGCCAGAAGGAGUUUCCAGAGAUACCUUCUCCAUCAGCUCUACUUGGCGGCCGUCUUGAAAGAGGAUAGCAUCUUUGUUCCAGGAACUCAAAGAGGACUGUGGAGGCUCAGACCUGGCCUGUCUUUUGUGUUUUUCUCUAGCCACACACCCUGUGGGGAUGCCUCCAUCAUUCCGAUGCUUGAGUUUGAAGAACAGCCUUGCUGUCCUGUCACCCGAAAUUGGGCCAACAACUCGCCUGUGGAAGGGACUGAGAAUCUAGAGGAUUCUAAAAAUAAAAGGAACUGUGAAGACUCUGGCAGUCCUGUAGCCAAAAAGAUCAGGCUGGGAACACCUGCCAGGUCGCCCUCCAAGUGUGUAGCUCACAACGGGGCACAGGAAAGUGAUCCAGUCAAACCAGAUGUCAGCAGCUCUGAUCACACCAAGGAGGAACCGGAUGCUGUAAGUGGGAAAGCUUCAGGUAGCUUCAGGGUGGUGGAUGUGUACAGAACGGGAGCCAAGUGUGUUCCUGGAGAAACUGGAGACUUGAGAAAGCCAGGCGCUGCCUACCAUCAGGUGGGACUACUUCGUGUAAAGCCCGGCAGGGGAGACAGGACAUGCUCCCUGUCCUGCAGCGACAAGAUGGCAAGGUGGAAUGUCCUCGGAUGCCAGGGCGCCCUGCUGAUGCACUUCCUGGAGAAGCCCAUCUACAUGUCAGCUGUGGUCAUUGGGAAGUGCCCAUACAGCCAGGAAGCCAUGAGGAGAGCACUGACUGGCAGGUGUCAGGAAACCUUGGUUCUACCCAGAGGCUUUGGAGUUCAAGAACUGAAAAUACAGCAGUCGGGUUUACUGUUUGAACAGAGCCGCUGUGCAGUGAUCAGGAAAAGAGGUGACAGUCCAGGCCGACUCGUCCCUUGUGGGGCAGCCAUCAGCUGGAGUGCCGUUCCUCUGCAGCCUUUGGAUGUCACAGCCAAUGGUUUUCCACAAGGAACAACAAAGAAAGAAAUCGGAAGCCCUCGGGCCAGAUCCCGAAUCAGCAAGGUGGAACUCUUUAGAUCAUUCCAGAAACUGCUGAGCAGCAUUGCAGAAGACGAGCAGCCGGACUCUGUCAGGUUAAGGAAGCUGGCCACCUAUCAGGAGUACAAGGAGGCUGCGUCUGCCUACCAGGAAGCCUGGGGUGCACUCCGGAGGAUCCAACCAUUUGCUUCCUGGAUCAGAAACCCACCAGACUACCACCAAUUUAAAUGAACUCUAGCUGGUAUCAGAACCCUUCAUAUUGGUCUGCCUCUCCCUUUGUGCUGAACAAACCUCUGCUUUGCGGGUGGUUAAAUCCAAGGAGAAAGAGAUGCCUUCUCCCAGAGCGCUGCACCUCUCUGGUGUCAUAAAUGGAACCCAGAACCUCAGCAAUCUGUACUUGACUGGAGUAGCUUCCUGCUAAAAUAGCCUCUCAGUAAUCAUUGUGGUAUUUACCUUCAGUUGUGUUUUAUUGGUUCUUUAAAAUACAACAUGAGAUGCUUUUAAAGCAACCUGUAGCAGCUCUUGUUUAUAUCUUACAUUGAUUCAGCAAGUAUGCACUGGGCUGAAGUCAUCUUAGAAUGGUGGAAAUUUUAUACCCUCUCCUGGACUAAUGAAAAUGUAUUUCCUAUUUCCAGCCUUCUUUUGAGAACCAUCGUUUCCCAGUCCUCAGCAAGCAGACAUGGUUGGAGUUAGCUUUACCCUCAGCCACAGGACUAGCCUUGGAAAGCUCUGUUCUCAGACUUACCAAGAAAGGUUCGCUGGUUGGUUUGUUUGGGUUUUGUUUUUAUUUUUGAAAUAGAGUAUCACUUUGUAG